CGACGUCGCCCGUGGUCGGCGGGCGUGUGGAGAAGACGACGACGACGACGGGGUCUCGGGAGGAAUCCGGGCCCGAACCGGCCGAGGGCUCCCUGCUCAAAUGGAGCGAAAGUGUGGACAGCGAUGAAGAGGAGGUGAUGAGGCUCUUGGGGGACCGCAACCCGUCCAGGAGCAGAACCAGCCCGACGCUCGGCCGGGGAAGCCCGCGCCGGGCCUCCUCUCCGGCUCGCCGGCCCCCCGGGGACGGCCCCCCCUCGUCCCCCGCCGGCCGCGCCAGUCUUCCGCCCGAGCCCCGCCCCCUCUCGUCCGGUCCACGAUUCUCUUGGGACUCUGCGAGGUCGGCGCCGGAGGAGGUCCUCUCGCUGGAGGAACUUUUCCCGCUUGGGUCCGACGCCAGUGAGGCCAGCCCGGUGUCGUCGCACUUGGACUUCCAGCUGAACGUGAAGUCAUUGGACGACCUCGGCUCCGCCCCCUCCGGAGACGCGGCGGCGCAGCCGCCGGGCGAGCGCGACGUCUCCAUCCAGGGGGGCGACUACGAGAGCGACUUCGAGAGCGCCGGCGGGACGGACGUCGACCACCGAGGCGGCGGCGACGGCGAACAGGUGUCGGAACACUUGCCGGAUGAGGAAGGGGCGACGUCGUCGACUCUUUCGUCCGAGGCGAGGACGGACGGGGAGGACGCAAAUACCUCGACGGCGUCUUCUUUGGGCAGUCCCGCGUCGGGCGCCAAAUCUUCCAGCCGCGCCUCCUCGCAGCCCGCCGCCCGUUUAAACGACGCGGCGGCGCAGACGGACGCAGACGCGUGGCGGACGUGGGCCGGACCCCCCGACGCGUUGGCGCUGACGGAGUCGGCGAAGCGGCGGCUGGCCCUCGCCCGUCGCACGGCCCGAAGCGGCCGCAGGAAACGAGACGACUUGGUGCUCGGCCUCGGCCCGCCCGCCUACACGUACGUGACCCUGAGGCGCACCUUGGAGGGCAUCCGCCGACAAACGCGAAGGUGAGCGGUCGCGUGACUGGACGCGCUCGACGUGGAGACGUUUUCCAUUUUUUCCUCCCGAGGCUCCCGACAUUUUUUGCGCCACGCGACGGCUCUUUUCUGGGCUGUAGACUCGGGCGUGGCCGGGCGUUCAUGUGAUCUGCAGGGUUGCCCUCCAUCUUGUGGCGGCUUCUACAGAGCCUCACGUGUGACACCAGGAGACGCAAGAGAGUCGUCGGCUGAGGAGCUCAACAGAUUCUUUGCUUAUUUUGAAUCAUCUCGCCAAUGCUCGGGUGCUUGAAUUCUCCCCCCCCCCCCCCCCCCCACAGGCAUCGUGUUCCUGGCUGGCCUUGAACCAGCGAAGGUGCUCAGCAUCUGCCCGCUACACAUCCAACAUUUCAUUGAACUGUAUGAUUUUGUAGAAUGACAAUAAAUUCAAAUUGACUUCA